AUGAAUCCAGUUGUUUUGCAGCCAAGAUAUGGUGCAGGAGGUGCGAUGGUUAGUGACUGGCAAACCGGCGUGUUUGACUGCUGUGAUGACGUGGGGAUUUGCCUCUGUGGGACUUUCUUUCCCCUGUGCCUUUCGUGUCAGAUUGCCUCUGACAUGAACGAAUGCUGCCUGUGUGGAGCAAGUGUCGCCAUGAGGACCAUGUAUAGGACCCGAUACGGCAUCCCGGGGUCUAUUUGUAGUGAUUUCCUAUGGCUGGUAUGUUUCCCUAAUUGCACCCUUUGUCAACUCAAGCGAGAUAUUGAAAAAAGAAAAGCAAUGAAUGCUUUGUAA